GCGGCUGGUCAGCGCAUCGGGGUGGCAGAGAGGGGACUCGUCGGGGCGCGGCUGGUCAGCGCAUCGGGGUGGCAGAGAGGGGACUCGUCCGGGCGCGGCUGGUCAGCGCAUCCGGCUGGUGGGCAGCUGUGGUGGCCGGGGUCUUCCUCUCCCGACGGUGUCUGCACCCGGCUGCGGUGCUCGCAGCUGCCCUCUGUGCUUCCCUCGGGCGCCCUGCCAGCUGCAGCCACCCGGUACAGGAACCGCGGGAGCCGAGGUGUGGCCAGGCGCUGUGCUCAGGGUGCCCGGAAGACCCUAGGGCAGGAGCCGGACGCCCUCUGGCUCCUGUUAGGUUCCGACCGCAGACGUCUGGCUCUAGUUUCCCAGGUGGUCGGUGAGCCCCGGCCCCUAGGACACUGGCCACGCCAUCUGGCCGUGGCGGGUCAGGCGCCUGGUCUGUGUGAGCGAACGGCCGUGUCUGCGGUCACCGGAGGAUGAGGGGUCCCUGCUGUGCAGUGGGAUGGACCUAAGCUAGGGCGCGGUCAGCCUGAGGGGUGGACAGCGGCCUGGCGGUUGCUGCCCUUGAGGGAGUGAGCCAGAGGGGGCGCUUUAUGCGGCCGGCUGGGUAGGUGUCACACAAGGGGUCAGGCUUCCUUCCGGGGCGUCUGGGCCUGCAGCCCCCCGUCUGUCUCCUCAGCAGCUUCCGAGAGCUUGUGACAGUGGCUCGGGCUAGCGGGUGGGCAGGUUAGUGCAGCAGGGACCAGACAGGACAGUGCUUUACCAAAGUGCGUCCAGGGCCUCCCUGGGGCGUCCCCUCUCCCCCCUCUGGCUGCACCCCAGCUUUUGGAUGCAUAAAUAGACGAAAAACAAGUCUUUGAACAAUAAAGCGCGUGUGGCCUGGCGUGUUGGCCGCGCCCUGUGGGAGGGGGCGGGGGGCGCGGACAUCCCACGGGCCCAGCCCUGAUGGACCUUCCCCGAUUUUUCAGGGUCAGCCUCUCACCUCUUCCUGCCGUGAGCUGCAGACUGUCUGUGUGACCGGUGGAAACCCCACGGCGCUCUGCGGCCCUUGAGGACGGCUGUGAGCCCGCCGGGGACGGACCCUCCCGCCCUGUGGGGUGCCGUCGCCUGUGAGCAAAAGAGAAACUCCAGGAGGUGCAGCUGGGCCUUGUGGCUGGCGGGAGGAUGGAGGUGGCGCGGGGGCGGCGGGACGCGCCGGCCAGGCUGGAGUGCGGCCACUGCGGCUUCCGGGGCGCCGACCACGAGGACGUGCAGAUCCACAUGGGCACCCUGCACCCGGAGUUCUGCGACGACAUGGACGCCGGCGGGCUGGGCAAGGUGAUCUUCUACCAGAAGAGCGCGAAGCUCUUCCACUGCCACAGGUGCUUCUUCACCAGCAAGAUGUACUCGAGCGUCUACCACCACGUCACGGCCAGGCACGCGGCCCCGGGGCCGUGGGGCGAGAAACCCAAGCACCCGCUCAGCAGAGAGGCGGAGGCCGUGGGAAGCCCCCCGCUCUCUGAGCACCAGAAAGCGGCCCCUAACUCUGCGGAGCCGCAGCGGGCGCCCGCCCUGCCCGCGGACACGCAGAGACUGGGCCCGGCCUUGUCCCCAGAGUCGCCAGAAGCGGCUCCUGUUCCCGCCCUGGAGCCGCAGAGACCCGGGCCUGCCGCCUCCCCGGGGCCACAGGCCCCCGCUCGCGCCUCCCCUGAGUCUCUCAAGCCCGCUCCCGGCUCCUCCCCAGAACUCCCGAGGUCGGCCGCUGUCGUUUCUGACCCUCAGAAGCCAGUGCCCGUUCCUUCUCCGGAGGCGCACAAGCUUGCCCCCGGCUCCCCUGACCCAGUGAAGGCCGCGCUCUUGAGCCCGAAGCCCCAGAAACUCUCCCACUUCCCGGAGGUGUUGGGGCCGCCUGCAGCCUCUUCCCCGGAGUCUCCAGUUGUAGCCGCGUCCCCUGACUCUUGGGGGCCGUCCCCGUCGGCGUCUCCAGAGUCUCGAAAGCUGGCCCGGACUGUCUCCCCGGAGCCAAGGAAACCCUCCCCGCCGGAGUCCCCUGAGCCUUGGAAGCCGUUCCCCGCCGCCUCCCCAGAGCCGAGGAGACCGGCCCCGGCCGGGUCGCCAGGCUCUUGGAAGCCAGGGCCACCCGGGUCCCCCCGGUCCUGGAAGUCCAGUCCUUCGGCCCCGUCCGGACCUUGGAAGCCGGCCAAACCUGCUCCCUCGGUGUCUCCCGGGCCGUGGAAACCGAUCCCGUCCGUGUCCCCUGGGCCUUGGAAAGCGACGCCCUCCCUGUCCCCCGCCUCCUGGAAGUCCUCGUCCGUCUCGCCCGGCUCCUGGAAAACGCCCCCCACGUCUCCGGAGUCCUGGAAGUCCGGCCCUCCGGAGCUGCGCAGGGCCACGCCCACCUUGUCACCCGAGCCCUGGAAGGCGGCUCCCCCCGUGUCUCCCGAGCUCCGCAAAGCAGGACCUCCCUUGUCCCCUGAACUCCGAAAGCAAGGGUCCCCUCUGUCCCCGGAGGUCCGUAGCCCAGCCGGCUCUCCAGAGCUCAGGAAGCCCUCGGGGUCGCCAGAGGUUUGGAAGCUCUCCCCCGAUCAGCGGAAGCCUUCCCCCACGUCACUGGACUUCCCCGAGUCCCAGAAGAGUUCCCGAGCUGGCUCCCCCGACCUCUGGAAGUCUUCCUUCUUCCUGGAGCCCCAGAAACCUGUCUUCCCUGAGGCCCGGAAAGCGGGUCCUUCCGGGCCGGCCGAGCCCCCGAAGGUGGCCUCCGACAUCUGGAAAUCUGUCCUCUGCCUCGACGCUGAGGCCCGCAGGCCUGCGCUCUGUCCCGAGCCCCCCAGGGCGGCCCCCGCCGCCCCUCCCGAGCCCCGGAAGCGCAGCCUCUUCCCCGAGCCCCGCAAGCACGCGCUCUUCCCGGACCUCCCCAAGCCCCUGCUUGCGGAGUCGCAGAGGGCCGACGCCACGGGCGAGCAGAAGUGUGACCCGCUGGCCCAGGAGGAGCUGCUGGCCACGCCUCAGAAGCUUCUGGAAGACGCUCUGUUUCCCUGCCCGAAGAGGCUCAAGAGGGACGGCCAGACCGCGGACGCCGAGCCGGGCGGCAGCGAGUGCGCGAAGGCGGACGCGGACGCGGCCGACGCCAAGGGCCAGGAGUCCAGCAGUGACCAGGAGCAGGUGGACGUGGAGUCCGUGGACUGCGGCCGGGAGGGCGGGCCGGACGCGGGCGGGCCGGCGCGCGCCCGGCAGGCGCUGCAGGUCACGGAGGAGAAGGAGGCCUUCAUCUCGGAGGAGGAGAUCGCCAAGUACAUGAAGCGCGGGAAGGGCAAGUACUACUGCAAGAUCUGCUGCUGCCGCGCCAUGAAGAAGGGCGCCGUGCUGCACCACCUGGUCAACAAGCACGACGUGCACAGCCCCUACAAGUGCGCCAUCUGCGGCAAGGCCUUCCUGCUCGAGAGCCUCCUCAAGAACCACGUGGCCGCCCACGGCCAGAGCCUGCUCAGGUGCCCGCGCUGCAGCUUCGAGUCCAACUUCCCGCGCGGCUUCAAGAAGCACCUCACCCACUGCCAGAGCCGGCACGGCGAGGAGGCGCACCGGAGGCUGCCCGACGCGCCCGAGCCCGCG